CGGGUCAGCUCGAUGCUCACCUACGUCGUUUGUGAAUUGAAAUCAGAGAGAAGUAUCUGAUUUGAUUGAAAGUCAUGAAUUCGAUCGAAGACAUAGACGUGUUUAGUUGGACUUGGACGGUGUUAUCAUUAUAAUUUUGGCAACUUUGCUUUCUCUCCUUCCUCCAGCCAGCGGCCGCCCCAGCAGUCCUUACUGCUACUCUCCCGGAUUUCCUUUAUCUCCGCCUCGAUUCUAAUGCCAGAACAGGAGAAUCAGGUCGAGCUCAAGUUCCGUCUUUAUGAUGGUUCGGACAUCGGGCCGAUCCGCUGCGCUUCUUCUUCCACCGUCGCGAUGCUCAAGGAAAGGGUAAUCUCCGAGUGGCCACGAGAUAAGAAGAUCAUUCCAAGGGUGGCCACUGAUGUGAAGUUAAUAUGUGGUGGCAAGAUUUUGGAGAACAGCAAAACAGUUGCUCAGUGUAGAUCACCUUUUGGAGGAAUUCCUGCUGGGUUUAUCACCAUGCUUGUUGUUAUCCAACCAUCCUCGAAUAAAAUUAAAGCAGGUUUCCAUGCUGGGCAUAUUAACCGAACCUAGUACAACUCUAACUGAGAGAUCCGAUGCUGCAUAGCAAGGCAUUGGGCCGGUGGGCAUGUCUGAAAUCACUGCACCAAGCAGAGGAUUCUGGGAGACAAGGAAAUUGCAGGAUUAUGGCAUGAUACACUAGUUUUUUAAGAAGUGGGUUCUCCACUUAAUUUGUUAGUUGGAUGGUGUAUUAGUUAGUCUUCUCCUUUCCCUUUGGAAAAAGGAUGGAUAUAUAUGUUGGAUGGUGGGGGACUCUUCCCUCAUAUUGGGCAUCAUGAUUGAUCACCGAGAAUGGUGCUUCUGCUAUAAAAUAAUGGCAGCUUGAAUCAUAAUGCCUGUCGUAACGAGGGAAGUAGUGCACUAGUGACGUUUUCAGGAACAGCUUUUUCGACUUUGCUCUGGUUGGCAAGCAACUAGCUGGCUUUAUUGUCAGCAGCAUAUGUGCUCGACUAAUCAACCAUAGUGCAUGCUUUUAGGUUCUUCGAGUCUUCUCUCUCAAUGGUUCUUGAGAUAGCACAUGACUUAUGCUAGUUUUUGUUGUUGAUAGGAGAGUACUAGCACGGUAGUAAAUUGUAUCAAAAUAGUAAACAUACAAUAAAUAGGUAAAUAAAAGAGUCAGAUUUAGAAAUUGGUAUCUUUCGGUUGAAGCGUCGGUGUGCCGACUGUCCUUAGAGAAUUUAUUGCCGCCCACGGUGCAGAGACUCUCCGACAAAAUUCUCCCAAGAUCCGACAACCACUCGCGUCGUCCGUAGGUGCACUCCAAGACGAACGUCGCACUCGGACUCAACUUCAGAUCGCUAAACACCAAGCCUCAGGACAAGGAAAACUAGAACACGCAGAGAGAGAAGGGGGAAGGAGGAGAGAGCAGAUUGCUCGAGAGUGAAUGAAAAAUAUUGUUUGAGUGCGCAAGUAUUUAUUCACCCCGAAGCGAAGCACUGCUUUGCCUCGCGUUGGUUCACGUAGGACAGAACCAAACUAAAGACAGACUGGCAAAAACAAACCAGGC